AUGAAAUCUUUGGCUUCUUAUAUCGUACGUCGUGCACGGGUCGGUUCUGUGGAUCCAAUUGUGGUGCACUGUAGUGCGGGUAUUGGCCGUACGGGUGUUUUAAUCCUUAUGGAAACGGCAGCGUGUCUGGUUGAAGCAAAUGAGCCUGUUUAUCCACUUGACAUUGUUCGAACAAUGCGUGACCAACGUGCCAUGCUCAUUCAGACAUCGGAAGAUUCAUUCAUUCCACUUAUGACAAGUGCUAAAAUUGCUAUGGGAUUUCAGGGUCAGUACACAUUUGUAUGUGAGUCGAUUUUGCGAGCAUAUAACGAUGGAUCAAUAAAGCCUCUUGCCGAAUACCGCAAACACUCUUGA